AUGAAGUUAUACACAACAGUUGUAUGCAAGAAUUUUGACAAUAUAGCCCAACUCAUAAUUGCAACUUCUAUAACUAUAAGGUGUGGUGUAAUUGAUAAACUGUCACCUCCAACUGACGAGCUACCUGAUGCCUCAAUGGCUGAUGUUCGAAACCCGUUGAAAGCACUUUGCGGCAAAGGGCAAGCUGAACUCCAAAUGGAGAUUAAUCCCACCAUUCAAGUGUGGGGACACCUUGUGGGUUUCGCAGCGCUAGCCACCAAAUCUAUUCAAUGGACGACAAUCAAAUUUCACUCGGCGUUGAACAGGAGGAAAUCCCCGAUUCCUUCAUCUGCUGCGUUUGUUUGUAAGGAUCUUCUUUACAAGCCUAUAGUGCUCUCCUGUGGUCACGUUUCGUGUUUCUGGUGUGUGCAUAGAUCGAUGAGUAGUCUAGGCCAAUCUCAAUGUCCGCUGUGUAGGCAUGAGUAUAAUCAUUUUCCAACCAUCUGUCAAAUGCUUCAUUUUUGCUACUCAAGAAGUACCCUGUUGCCUAUAAGAGAAGGGAAUUGCAAAUUCUUGAAUAAUGGCACAGCUGGUCCUAAGCAAACCCAUGGUGGAGAUUAUGAGGGAAUUGGGAAUGUUGCUGAUGAAGAAAAGAAUUCCCUGUUAAACACGGAUAGCGGGAGUGGCGACCGGAUUUCAGUUGCUGAUGCGAUAUGUGCCGCAUGCAAGCAACUGUCGUUUCAUCCUGUGGUUCUUAACUGUGGCCACGUAUAUUGUGAAAGUUGCAUUGUUAAACCAGAUGAACAGAUGCUUAGAUGUAACGUUUGUCAAAGUUCUCAUCCAUCAGGAUUUCCAAAAGUUUGUUUGGUGCUUGGACACUUUCUGGAGGAGCAAUUUCCAAAAGAAUAUGCACUUAGAAGAGCUGCUGUACAGCUUAAACAAGCUGAUUCCAAGCAUGAGAACCCAAAUGCCUGUGCAACAAAAGCUGAUACGCAAAGAAAGAAGUUAUCACCAUGGUCUGACCAAGUUCACAUAAGAUUUGGUUGUGAUUCUUGUGGGAUGUUUCCCAUCAUUGGGGAUAGAUACAAUUGCUUAGAUUGUUUCGAGAAAAAAGGAUUCGACCUCUGCAGCCAUUGUUAUAACACCAAUUCUAAGCUUCCAGGUCGAUUUAAUCAGCAGCAUACACCGGAACACAGGUUUAAGCUUGUACGCAAGGACUCGAUUCGUAAUCAGUUAAAGCUAGUGAUCGGAGACAUAGAUGAUAUUUCUCUUGCUCUCAUUAUCGCUAGUAUUAGUUCAGAAGGAACCAUUUCUCCUGAUGCUCCGGCAGAUGCUGAGAAUAGAUCAGCUGCCCAUGCUCCCUCCACUAGUAGUGGAGAUGAACAAGAUGAGUCUUUAACCUCAGAUUGA